AUGACGGUGACAUACUCACGGAGGGUUGCUGACGCGGGGCUAGGGACCUUCUCUCAUCUGCUCCUCCGAUGGAAGGGGAGCAUCUACAAGCUACUGUGGAGAGAACUGAUCAUCUUCACCACACUGUACUACUCCUUCAGCAUCAUAUACAGGUUUGUGUUGAAUGAGGGUCAGAAGAGGCUGUUUGAGAAGCUGGCCAUCUACUGUGACCGUUACGCAGAACUCAUCCCUGUGUCCUUCGUAUUGGGUUUUUAUGUGACCCUGGUGGUUUCUCGGUGGUGGGGUCAGUUUGAGAGCGUUCCCUGGCCGGACCGGUUGGGUGCGCUUGUGGGCGCUCACGUCCGUGGUACCGAUGAGAUCGCCAGGCUGACCCGCCGAACCCUGAUGCGGUACGCCAACCUGUCCGGCGUGCUCAUCUACCGAUCGGUCAGCACGGCAGUCUACAAGAGGUUCCCCACCAUGAAGCACUUGGUGCAGGCAGGCCUGAUGACAGCAGAGGAACAUAGGCAGUUGGAGGAGUUGCCCUCACCUCAUAACAAGUUCUGGGUUCCUUGUAUGUGGUUUGUUAACCUGGCACUGAGGGCCCGCACCGAGGGUCGCAUCAACAAUGAUGUGGCGCUGUCAGCCAUUCUCAAUGAAUUAAAUACAUUGCGGACACAGUGUAUGAAGCUAUACAGUUAUGAUUGGAUCAGCCUUCCCCUUGUGUACACCCAGGUGGUGACAGUGGCGGUCUACAGUUUCUUCCUGGCGUGUCUGAUUGGUCGACAGUUCUUAGACCCCGCCCAGGGCUACGCUGGUCAUGACAUCGACUUCUACCUGCCUGUCUUCACCCUGCUACAGUUCUUCUUCUACGUGGGCUGGCUCAAGGUGGCAGAACAACUGAUAAACCCAUUUGGGGAAGACGACGAUGACUUUGAAACCAACUAUCUGGUUGAUCGUAAUCUACAGGUGUCCCUGCUGUCUGUGGAUGAGAUGUACGACACUAUCCCAUUGGUCGAGAGGGAUAAGUACUGGAACGAAUCAGAGCCCCAGCCUCCAUACACUGCAGCCAGCGUGGAGCAUCGCAAACCUUCCUUCAUGGGCUCUGCUCUGGACAUCAGUGUCCCCAAAGAGGAGAUGGAGUUCCAGUCCAACCUGGAGCAGAUCAAGGAGCAUGAGGAGGCCAACCACUCUACUCCUCUCCUGGGGGGUCUGAGUCGCCUCCUGGGGGUUCAGUCCCCCGUCUUCCCCCGCUCCUCCACCUCCUCCCGGGUUUCUCUCCUGCGCCGGCGCCCAGGGGCUCCAUUCAGCCGCUUCCCCCUCUUCCUGCACUCCGAGGGGGACCCCUCAACGCCGAGCCACGGCCCUGGUCCCCGCCACGACUCCAGCCACCCGGACUACGCCUUCUCCUCCAUGCCGCUGUAUGAGAGGUCCGGCUUCUAUAGCUGUCCCCAGACCCCCAUCCACUGUGUUCCCCCCGCUAUGCCUCGUCCACGGCCCACCCGAGGAACUUACGCCUGGCAUCGCAGCUCCAGCUCGCUGGCUCCUCCGAUGGUUGGCUCUGGAGGUCUGCUGCCCCCUGAUACUCCAGGUCAUAUGCUCCCUCCACCCUCCUCUGCCUUCCCCUGGCUGAGUGAGGAGGGAGAGGGUCCUUGUGUUCCAGCCUUCUCCUUUCCUGACCCUGGCAACCUUCCGGAACUCUGCCCCAUAUCAAAGCUCCGGCCCGGGCAAGGCCUGCUGUCUCGACGGCCUCCGCCUCCACGCCUCUCUCCACGCCUCUCUCUGGAUAACACACCGUUGGCCGAAGGCCUGCAGCCUGGACCCAUCAGCCCACGGGGAGUGGGAGGUGGAGGGGAGCGGGUGUUCUCCUUUACCCCUCCCUCUCGCACCCCAGCUACCAAUCCCAACAGCUCCUCCUCUAGUAUCAAUGCCACCAGCACUAUCAACACCACCAACCCUAACACCACUACUCCAGCCAACGUCUUGAGUGGUACCAACACCACUUCUACAACAAACUUCUGCAAUGGUACCAACUCCAACACCACUACUAUGUCUAACGUCUGCAAUGGUACCAACCCCAACACCUUUGUAACCAUGCCAACUUCAACAGCACAAGAGCAGCAGGCCUACGUACUGGAGGCCUACGUACUGGAGCCCUACGUACUGGAGCCCUACGUACUGGAGGCCUACGUACUGGAGGCCUACGUACUGGAGGCCUACGUACUGGAGGCCUACGUACUGGAGGCCUACGGACUGGAGCCCUACGGACUGGAGGCCUACUUGAACUACUGA